AUGUUAGCAUCUUCUAUCACGUUUUCUGGUUCAAAAAUCAUUAAUCCGAAGUCUUCAGAUGAACCAUCAACACUUUCAUCCACAAUUCCCAGAAACAAAUGUUCUUCAAUUGUUCACCAAAAUUUAACACCAUUGACAUUUCCAUCAUCACAAUAUAUGCCAAUCGUACAUUCACAACCAGUUAUUAGUACCGCCAUUACUGCAUCUUCUCAGACUGGUGUGCUAAAAAUGUAUAAUAAAUUGCCUUUAACACCAAAACAAUUAGCAGAAUGUAAAGGAAUACCGUGGCAGGAAACGACACGAGCAAUGAAUAUCAAUUGUUUUCCGACUGUAACAAAUAUUUAG